AUGACUUUAAGUGCCUUUACCAGAUGCUGGUUCUCCAGUGUCGUGCUCCGAUCCGUUUGGUCGAUCCCACCGUCUACAUUCUGCCGCGCGAAAGCCCUGAACAACGUCGGUGUCUUGCCAGAGCGCCUGCAAUUCAGUGAGGUAUCGAGUGGCGGCAUGAAGGGCUCCCGUGUGAUGCGCUCUGAGAUGAGCAGUGGCACGCCCAAAGCCCGAAGCCUUUCAAAGGAGUCGAUCUGUCUGCAGUGCCGGCCUACUUGGGGUUCUUCCAAAGGUCUGAUGGGAAGCCAGGGGCCCGAACGGCUUGCCAUCGACACGCAGCUCAUCCAAAUCCAGCCAGAGCCCGGUGGCCUGAAACACCUGAGCUGCAGGAAGGCUUUAAAGCUUGUGUGCUCCUGCUGGAUACUCCUGAAAGGGAGCCGGUCGGCUGUUCGGGUGGCAAGCACGAGCCUUGGCCCGGAACUUGUUCUGUGA